AAUGCACUCCACUCUGCGACAACCUCUAGCAGCCAUUUAAUCACAUGCAACAACGGCAGGCCGGGGUCUCAGGGACAGGAUGGCAAAAGGGCAAUAGCACAGUUGAAACACUUUUUAAAAAACGGUCCCGUUUUAUUGGGUUAGUACUAUUUAUAAACUUAAUUUUCUCAGGGAACCAAAUAUAUGGCCUAAAUCAGAUGAAGGCUAGAUAAGGUGACCAUUGUGGAUCCUACUCCCUUUAGGUGAGGGAGCAGGACACCUAUGAGCGCAGCUAACUUGAGAUGGAUGCAAUCGCCUUAGGGUUAAUUGUUUCAGGCAUUUCUAUAUUUAGACAUACGAUUUACAGUGUUUUCACACAUGCAUGUAUCCUACAGUACUAGACAGAUAGGGACAGCAAGGAACAAUAGACAGUGAAUAUCUUCCUCUGAGUCACUGCCUCUUCUCUCUCCCUCUACCUUUCUCCUCAAACAAAUGAGAGGCAAAUUAAUUUGGUAAUGAGAUUUGACGGAGACACUUUAGACAAAUAGAGAGAGAGAGAGAGAGAGAGAGAGAGAGAGAUUGCAGCAAAGAAACACGAUCAAAGCCAGGGAUAUAGGGUUUUGAGUUUUCUUCUCCUGGUAGUUUUCAAGGAUUACAUCUGCUCACCUGAUUUCCCUUCCUGUCUCCAUCGGUGACGACGCUUACCAACCGUUGCCAUGGGCGAAAUGGAGGAGCUGCGAAAGGAGGCGGACAACCUCAAAGAUCAGAUCACUGAGGCCCGAAAGGUAGUGCAGGACACCACCCUGCAGGAGGCGGUUGCCGGGACGACGCUGGUGGGGCGUGUCCAGCUGAAGACCAGGAAGACGCUGAGGGGUCACCUGGCCAAGAUCUAUGCCAUGCACUGGGGCACUGACACCAAUUGUAGCAAGUUGUGUGUCAGUGCCUCUCAAGAUGGAAAGCUGAUAGUAUGGGACACCCUGACCACCAACAAGGUGAGCGCCAUCCCUCUGAAGUCGUCGUGGGUGAUGACGUGUGCCUACGCGCCCUCAGGGAACAUGGUGGCGUGUGGCGGUCUCGACAACAUGUGCUCCAUCUACAACCUCAAGGGCAAGGACGGCAACGUCAAGGUCAUGCGUGAGCUGGCCGCACACACAGGUUACCUGUCCUGCUGUCGUUUCCUUAGCGACAGUGAGAUCAUCACCAGCUCUGGCGACUGCACCUGUGUUCUAUGGGACAUUGAGACAGGGACAGAGAAGACCAUCUUCGCGGGCCACUUGGGUGACUGCAUGUCCCUGGCCGUGUCCCCCGACUUCAAGAUGUUCAUCUCGGGGGCGUGUGACUUCACGGCCAAACUGUGGGACAUCAGGGAAGCAACCUGCAGACAGACAUUCAGCGGCCACGAGAGUGACAUCAACGCCAUCGGGUUCUUCCCCAAUGGUAAUGCGGUUAUAACGGGCUCAGACGAUGCCACCUGUAAGCUGUACGACCUGAGGGCAGACCAGGAGCUCAUCACCUACCAGGACUCAGGCAUCAUGUGUGGAGUGACCUCCCUCGCCCCGUCCCUCUCCGGCCGCCUUUUACUGGCCGGAUACGAUGACUUCAACGUCAACAUCUGGGACAUGCUUAAAGCCGAGAGAGUGGGAGUGCUGGCUGGUCAUGACAACAGGGUGAGCUGCAUCGGAGUAUCCUCGGACGGAAUGGCAUGCUGCACAGGAUCCUGGGACAGCUUCCUGAAGAUAUGGAACUGAGCCAGUCCUCUAGUCUAGAGAACAGACAGAACGAAAGACUAAGGAGAGGGGAAGAAUAUCAUGAAAACCCGGUAGCUUGAAGAGGGAGACUAGGAAGCCAUGGGUUAAAGGUUAUUUAUUUUUAUUGUGCCAAGUCUUAUUCGAUUUGGAGAAGAAUUGUGACGAGAGAGUCUGUCGUCUCUUCCUACUCAAGUUUAGAGUUAGGCGGGGGGGGGGAUUUUUGUAGAAAAACAUGAUCGAUUUUAUGUCAAGGUUCAAACUGAAUUCUAGCGUUAUAUGAAUAUAUUUCCUAGGUCAUAAGAGCAGUUGCCAAAUGGAAACAGUAGAGAUUUGGAUGAAAUAACAGGAUAGGAUCACAAAAUAAAUGACCACUGAUAGACUGUGUAGGUUUACAAUAACUAGGACGUUACAUGCUUUUAUAUUUGAGACGAGUUAAAAUGCUUGUCAGAGGAUGAAUAUGUAAGCAUUCAUUUGUUUCAAGCGGAUGUUUGUGUGUUGGUUAGAAUUCCCUUGUUUAGUUAAGUUUUCUAUUUUUAUGGUCACAUUAGAAUAAAAUUGUUUAGCCUGCAGACUUCUACAUGAGCGUGUCUGAAAGUUUAAAAGGAUAAGUUGGGGUCUAAUCUUUUGGCCUACUUCCCGAUGGCUAGGCAUAAGCGCUCUCAGUAAACUGUUGGCUGGACAGAUGAGAUGAUAUAGAUCUUAUGGUUCACUGACAAAUAACUAAAGACAAAUGCACAAGA